UGAUCUAUCUCUGCAAGGUCGAACUAGCUAACUAUCUGGUAAUGGCGCGCUUCUCCGCUGCCACCCUUCUCCUCAUCCUCGUCGGCACCGUGUCCGUCUACACCUGUUCCACCCUCGCCGGCGCCGCUCUCGGCCGGACGCUGGCAAGUUCCACGAGGACGAGGACCAAGCAGCCGCCGGCGAUGGACAUCGCCCUCCGCGCCAGCGUCAGCCUGAGAGGCCUCGCAGAGGACUUCGCAAAGGAGCUCUGGGGUGGCAAUCACAGGGAAGGACGUCGGUCAGGCGGCGCCGGGGACGGAGCAAAGGCAGCUCUCUCAUCACCCGCCGCGCGUGCGAGCGUCCCACUCUCACGAGCCGAAUUACAAGACCAGCAGCGCCAGGCCAUGCUGGCACAGAUAGCAUACACUAAUAUUCAGAGAGAUAUCAGCAUGAGCGAUGGCGUCCACGAAGGAGCAGCAGCAGGGAGGGCGAGGCCCUUGUCAAUGCACCGCAGGGAAAGGAGCAGAGGGGGAGGGAUGGCGUCCACGGAGCAGCAAACAGCGAGGCCGUUGUCGAGAGCACUCCGCAACUUCUCCGGUGAGAUCUCGGAGGGGACGAAGCACGGAGGAAGAGGAGUGGUCAAGGUCGGGCCUUGGGGAGGAUCAGGCGGGCUAGCUUUCAGUAUGCCCGGCAGCGGCGGCGGCGCGGCUCGCCUCCUCAGCGUCUCCGUCGAGCACACCGACGCCGUGCACGGCUUCUCUUACGAGUAUCUUCAGGCUGGGGUGAGACGUACGUCGGGGCCGCCUGACGGCGAUCACUAUGCUCCGAAAGGAAUUGGUCCGGUGAUAACCACUGGGUCAAAGAUCGAGUUUUCAUCCGAUGAGCAGCUCACAGCGGUCGAGGGGACGUUUGGGCGUUGCAGAGGAGGAUGGGCCAUGGAUGAGCAGCUCCCAGAACAAGUCGUCGUCACCUCCCUCACGUUCCAUACGGACAAGGGAGAAACAUAUGGACCGUACGGCGAGGAGACGGGGACGCCAUUCUCCAUCCCUGCCGCAAAUGGCUGCAUCGUCGGCUUCUGGGGACGCUCUGGCUGGCUCCUCGAUGCCAUCGGAGUUUACAUCACGCCGUGUAAAGCUCACAACAUACCUUCUCCACGCCAAAAUAUAGUACUGCGUGAUAACUUUAAUUUCACUCAGGAUAAUUCUCGUAAUGCUUGAUAUAGAUAUCAACAUUCUGUUGAUAUUAGUUAAAGCAUAUUUGGUCGAACUUUACGAAAAAAUAACUUCGAUCAAAACCAAUGUGCACUGCUACAUAUUUGCACAGAAGGAGCAACUUUAUGUAAUACUGGAGAAGUAUGUGUCAAACAUGUGAGACGUAUGUCCAUCUAGCUUAUUAUGAUUUAUAA